CAGGAAAAUAAUUUUUUGACAAAUUGCCAGGUCAUGGAUCAGAGCACACAUCCUCUUCAUCAAAGGUUGUUCAUGCGCAGAAGAUUGAACCCAUGACUGUCUCUGAGCUUAACCAAUUUGUUAUCACUUCUGAGUCUCAGAUAAUUGAGUUUCUCUGCACUGCUAAGGUGACCGGUAUCGACCAAGCUGACGGUUGGUGUUAUAUUGGGUGUUCCGUGUGUUCAAAGAAGCUCCUCCGAGAGACCUCUUCCUUCACAUGUGUUCCAUGUAAUGUAACUAAUGCUGUUGCAGCACUGAGGUACCGGGUGACCCUGUCUGUGUCAGACAGCACUGAUACUGCAUCUUUCCUCGGCUUUGAUAUUGAGAUGGCUAAACUGACUAAUAUUCUAGCAUCUGAGGCUUCGCAGAUUGUGGUGCUGAUGCUCGGGUUGAUACAGAGCUUCCUCAGGCCCUCGCUGAGCUUGUGGGGAAAACAUACACCUUCCAGCUUAAGCUGAACGACUUCAACUUUACCUCAAAGCACCAGACCUUCACUAUCUCUCGCAUAUUCCCGGAGCGAGCCCUUGCACCUUUGCCAGCCUUCGUCGUUCAAGAAAGUGGAAAUAACCCUGAUGAGCCUGUUGCUGAAGCUGUUGCACCAGAUACGUCUGCCAGAGUUGGUACGACUUGCAACGAUACAUGAGAGCCAUCUGCACCGGAUGCUUCUGGGUCCGAGCUUUCAACAUCGACCACAGGCCAAGUAGCUUCUGGUGGAAAUGAGCGGAAGAAAGCCCGUGUCGAAUGAGUUCACUGCAAUAACUUGAACAACCACUGUUUCUAUUUUACAAAUUAAGCUUUUUAUCUUUUUCUUUCCGUCAGUAUCUCUUAUCCUUUUGUUUAAAAACUCAGUGAGGUGGUUGCUCAU